GAGGACAAGGAUGAUGAUUGGGGUUGACUGGAUCAGUAACUUCAGACCGCCUCCGUCUUCGGGAUCAAGUUAAACAACUUCUCUGGGCUGUCCUAUCUAUCAAGGCACGGAAAGCCAGAUGGAGAACUUUGAUCUAAAUGAACCCUGACUUAAGAUCACUCAGAGCACAGCACUGAUGGCUGUACUGUAAAGACUAGUUGCUGAGGAGGAUGCUCAAAAAGACAUGCAUAUCACCUCUGGGGGGUCUGUGACUACUCCUGAGCUUCUGAUGUAAGUGGACCAAGAAAAGCCAUGGGAAAGCCAGUGUUCGUAGUUCCUCUGAUCCUGUUUGCUGUGAUGCUGAUGGGCACUGAGGCCAAAAAUUGUGUGUGCAGUGGGAAAUCAAGGUGCCACUGUAAAGGAGUGAAAGGCAGCAGGGGAGACAAAGGUUUACCAGGAGUUGCAGGUCCCCCAGGGCCAGUGGGCCGUCCAGGAUCAGAUGGUCAUGCUGGGCCUAUGGGACCAAAGGGCAACACUGGGCCUGAUGGACCUGUGGGAUCAAAAGGCAAUCUGGGACACGAAGGUAAAGAAGGAUUUGCUGGGUCUCAUGGUUUACCGGGUAUCCCAGGUUUACAAGGGCCCCCAGGCUCCCCAGGGGCUCCAGGAUGCAAUGGAACUGAUGGAGAUGAUGGACCUCCUGGUAUUUCUGGGGCUCAUGGUAUUAAUGGACAUCCAGGUCUACCAGGUCUGCCUGGACCUAAGGGUGAAUCUUGGGUGACAGCAAAUUCAAUACCAGGGCCACCUGGGCCACCUGGGAAGUUCGGAGAGCUGGGAGUUCGAGGUCUCCUUGGAGAUACUGGACCAUCUGGGGACCCUGGACCAAGGGGCCCUGUUGGAUUUCCUGGCCGUGCAGGGGCUCCAGGAUCUAAGGGUCAAGAGGGUAUAGGUGGUAUCCCAGGACCUCGUGGACCAAAGGGGAUAACAGGACCACCAGGACCACCAGGGCCACCGGGUCGGAUCAGAGAGUUUUUGGUGUCAGACACACAGCAACAGAUUGAGGGUCUAAAAGGAGAUAAAGGAGAUGUUGGACAAAAAGGCUGCAAGGGCGAACCAGGAGACCUUGGUUUUGGCUUUUACACCAAAGGACAAAAGGGAGGCAAAGGACAGCAGGGUCCAGAAGGAACGCCAGGGAAGGAUGGUGACCCUGGACAAUCUGGAUAUAUGGGAAGGUCUGGCCCCAGAGGUGAUCCAGGAUAUCCAGGGACACCAGGAGGGUUGGGUGAAAAGGGAAAUAGAGGUCCACCUGGUCCACCUGGAGAUUUAUUUGGGCCUGUGCAUGAGCCACUCAAAGGAUACCGUGGAGAUCCUGGUCCCACCGGACCACCUGGGCUUCCUGGGCUUCAAGGUGUUGUGGGAUUUCCUGGACCUGAUGGACCUCCAGGCAAUGCAGCUGGGAUGUAUGUGCCAGGCCCUCCAGGUUCCAGUGGCCUUCCAGGUCCAAAAGGGGACCCUGGGGAGCCUGGGGAUAUUCACACCGGACUGCCAGGUCUAGAUGGGGAUCCUGGUGAUCAAGGGCCUCCAGGGGAUCAGGGCCCACCUGGACCUCCGGAAGACAGAACUAACAGGAUUACCAAAGGGCUCCCAGGAUUGAAGGGAAUUAAGGGUAUCCCUGGAGGUAUGGGUUAUGAUGGGACAUUUGGAAUGAAAGGAGAGAAAGGGGAGCCCUGUUAUGAGUGUUUUAGACUAGGACUCCCAGGACCACCGGGUGCCCGUGGUCCACCUGGCACCCCUGGCUACAAUCAAGGACCAGGUGCCAAAGGUGAUAUAGGUUUCCAAGGACCUAGAGGUUUAGUUGGAAGACCGGGUCCUGUUGGAGAAAAAGGAUUUCCAGGCCUUCCAGGACAAAAAGGAGACUCAUAUUCCUACAACACCCCAGCGAUAAAGGGAGAGAUAGGAGACUCAGGACAGCCUGGCAGGACAGGUGCAGAUGGCCCCCCCGGGCUUCCUGGGUUACCAGGUCGUAAAGGCAGUCAAGGUCCUUCAGGGGAUUUGUAUCGCUUCCCUGGUGUGGAGGGAGACCGUGGUUUUCAAGGUGCACCAGGGCCCUUAGGAAGCCCAGGACCAGUUGGCUUCCCUGGGCCAGUGGGAUAUGGGCCUGCUGGACUUCCAGGUAGUAAGGGGGAUAUUGGGGUACCUGGCUUGCCAGGACAGCCUGGACUUCCAGGCCAGAAAGGGGAACCUAGCUACAUCCAGAGCAGAGGACUUCCUGGACCACCUGGAUUUAAAGGUUUGCCUGGUUCACCUGGAAGCCCAGGUUACCAAGGAGUGUCAGGUGCCCCAGGAACAACAGGUUUUCCAGGACAGAAGGGAGAAAGAGGUGAUGUGCCAUCUCCUGGGAGACAGGGGAUCCCAGGACAGAAAGGUGACAAAGGGCAGCCAGGUCAACCAGGUUUUCCAGGUAGGGGCUUGCCUGGUCAGCGAGGUUCACAAGGCCCUCAUGGUCCUCCAGGACAGAAGGGUGAAGGUGGCCCUGGAAACCCUGGCCUCCCAGGCCUCCCAGGGCUUCCAGGAGAAAAUGGAGCUCUGGGGCCUUUAGGAGAUCCUGGGACCCCCGGUCUACCUGGGAACCCAGGGCUAAUUGGCAACGCUGGUUACCCAGGAGAAAAAGGAAGUAAAGGCUCUGUAGGGCCCCCAGGACUACCUGGUAGCAAGGAUUCAUGUAAAGGUUUACCUGGACCAGGGGGACCACCAGGACCAAAUGGUUAUCUAGGACAUCCAGGAUCUAAUGGCUUGCUUGGUGAGAAGGGAAAUCCCGGUUUGCCAGGAUCUGGUCAUCCAGGCCCGACUGGUGAGCCUGGUUCCCCUGGACCAUCAGUGCCGGGUUCACGUGGGCUUCCUGGACAAAAGGGUAUCAAAGGACAAAAAGGCCUGCCUGGUCAACCAGGACUGAGAGGAGACCCUGGACCAGAUGGGUUACGAGGAUAUGGACCAGAAGGAUUACCUGGAAUUGUAGGACCGCCAGGCCAAAUAGGUUCCCCUGGCCCAAAGGGAGCCAGAGGUUCCAUGGGUCCACCAGGCAUGAAUGGAGACCCAGGUCUCAGAGGUCAUCCAGGGGUUGAAUCACCAAUACCAACAUACAUUAUAGGGCCACCGGGAGACCUUGGCAAUUCGGGUUACCGUGGUCUAGCUGGUCCCCCUGGAGAUGCUGGAAGUACUGGACCAAAAGGGCAGACAGGGCUAACGGGUGCACCAGGGGGUCAUGGACAAAAAGGUCCUCCAGGUGAUCCAGGUAUUGAUGGACUAAUGUUCUCAAAAGGAAGUCAAGGACCUGCUGGAGACCCAGGAGACCCAGGAGUCAGAGGGCCUCCAGGCCUAAAAGGGAUAAUAGGAGAUCGAGGAAUCCGCGGAAGGCCAGGUCCAGAUGGUGCACCAGGUCCAACUGGUUACAAAGGCGUUAAUGGCGAACCAAACUACCAUGGAUAUGGAUUGCCCGGACCAGUAGGACAAAAGGGUGAAGCAGGAUCAAGCAAUACUAACAUGAUGAAGGGUCAGAAAGGAGAGCCUGGUUUCAGUGGACUAGUAGGUGUGCCAGGAAGCUUUGGAGCCAGAGGAAACCCAGGACCUGUUGGAGAAAAUGGCUUACCAGGCCAUCAAGGGCCUGAGGGUUCAGAUGGGCCUCCAGGAAGCAAGGGACACCCCGGACCUCAUGGACUGCCAGGUGGCCCAGGUCCACCAGGUGUCCUUGGUUGUCCAGGUCCUAAAGGCGACGAGGGCCGUGGUGGGAUCCCUGGUAUACAAGGGCUGAAAGGGGACACUAUCAUAAUUGGAGGGACACCUGGAAGACGUGGUGACACAGGUCAGCCAGGCCCCCUUGGGAACCCUGGUCCCCCUGGCGUUUCCGUUACAGCAAGUCCUGGACCGACAGGAGACAGAGGACUGACAGGUUUUCGUGGGGUUUCUGGUCCAAGGGGGCUACCAGGAAGAGAUGGGGCAUGUGUUCCUGGGUUAAAAGGAGGCCGUGGCCGUCCUGGCAAUCCUGGUAGACCAGGAUAUCCUGGCUUACGUGGCCCUCCGGGUCCCAGUGUGCCUGGGUUUAAAGGAGACAAAGGGGAAAUAGGUCUUACAGGAAGCCCAGGCUAUAAGGGACUCCCAGGAGAUCCAGGCCCUCAAGGACCACCUGGUGCAAGAGGCAGACCUGGACACCCAGGGCCAAAAGGUGAUUCUGGUCCUCCAGGAAUCCAAGGGCCCCCCGGUGACAAGGGAGACCCUGGAUCCAUCCCAGGCCUGCCUGGUCCACCUGGAACCAAAGGUUUUCCUGGGCGACCUGGCUCCAAAGGUGAAACACUAUUUGGCAAGGUACAAUAUGAACCAGGACUUCCUGGUUCACUUGGUCCCCCUGGAAAUCGAGGAGCCCCAGGUCGCACUGGACCAUCAGGACCUCCAGGCCAUCCAGGCCAGGCAGGCCUCAAAGGAGUGCGCGGUUCAAGCCCACUCGGCCAGCCUGGAUUUACUGGCCACAAAGGAGAUAAAGGAAGUGCAGGACUCCCUGGUCCAGAAGGUAGACCUGGAGACCCAGGGCGCAAGGGUCUUCCAGGGUUGCCAGGUAGAGGAAGAGGUUGUUCAGGUAAUUUCGACAGUUUUGUGAUAGCUAGACACAGUCAGAGUAUCCAUUUGCCUGACUGCCCUCAUGGUUCUACGCUCAUCUACUCUGGUUACUCCCUCCUCUUCAUCAAUGGAAAUGAGAGAGCUCAUGGUCAGGACCUCGGCACCAUGGGAAGCUGUCUCCCUCAUUUCUCCACCAUGCCUUUCCUGUUCUGUGACACAGAAAGUCACUGUCGCUAUGCUUCUCGUAAUGACUACUCAUACUGGUUGUCAACUGACACUCCGAUGCCAACCGACAUGGUCGCUAUCACAGGGGACAAGCUGGCCUCCUACAUUAGCAGGUGCUCAGUGUGUGAAACCACCUCCAAUGUCAUAGCCGUCCAUAGCCAGACACCUCUAAUACCUCAGUGCCCCCAAGGUUGGGAGUCCUUAUGGACUGGAUACUCAUUUGUCAUGCAAUCAGGUACUGGUGCGGAGGGUUCCUCCCAGCCUCUGGUUUCACCUGGCUCAUGUCUGGAAAGUUUCCGCCAGGUACCCUUCAUUGAAUGUCAUGGCAGGGGAACAUGUAACUACUACCCUGAUUCGUAUAGCUACUGGCUGGCGUCCAUCAACCCCAACAACAUGUUCAGUAAACCUGCUCCUAGGACAGUGAAGGGACCUUCUCUGCAAAGUGUCAUCAGCCGUUGUCAGGUCUGUAGGAAACAAUGGCAGCUUGGCUCAUGUGACAGAUGUGGGGACGAUAUUUAAUAUGAGUAAACCUUUUUUCAGUGUCAUUUGAAAUAUGAAAAUACAAUAAAUCUGAGUGGAAACGGUCUUGUUCGUGUAUAGUGUGCAUAUCUGCUUGGUGAACUGGUGUUUGCCAAUCAUCUUUAAUGGCAGUUAUGUAAGCUCUGAUAAUGGUGACAAUUAAAAUUAAUGAAACAUUUAGUGAUCCAUUAUAUCUUAUGGAGGCUGUAGUGUGUCAUCAGAGUGUAAUUAUUCUUGAGCCUCAGCAAAUAAUAGUAGUGAUGAAGGUACUAGUAGCAACAGCAGUACUGUUUCCAAUUCAGUUUUUACAUACAGUCUUUUCUGGAUUGUAAAUGCUUUAACUUUUAUUUAGGGUGUUUUACUUUAAAUACUUCACCCUACAUCCCUUUUUUUUUUUUUUGGCAAUUUUCCUCUGAUGUUAUAUUGUAAAUAACACAGUGAAAUAUGGAAAACAUCUGUGACCUUGACAGACCUACACUAUGAGUACCUUAAUUUACAUAAUGCCAUGUAACACCAUGUAAGAUCACAGGGUCUUCUAGCUUAAGAAACAAAAAACGGACACCAAAUGUCCUGAUUUGUGCACAUGACAACCAGCAUGCUACUGAGAAAUAAUGAACCCAUCUAUACAGCAAUGUCAUUGACAGACAGAAGACUAGUGCAGUCCAGUCAAUGAAUGACGUCAGAAGUAUUAGGGCAAGACAAAUGACAAACAUGUUCCUAUGACAUCUGGAGAGGAAGCUUGUUGUGACUGUGACUUGCUCCUGGUUUGAAAUUGUAACAUCGUGUUUUCACACUGUAAUAUCGAAUCAUUUGUGCCCUACACUCUAAAAGCAUUUCUUUGUAUGUCAGCAUGUUAAUUGGUGCAUGGAAAAGAUUAAACUUUAUGACUCAUG